AUGACAUCAACGUGGAUGACUAUGGGUUUUGCCAACGCUGACUUCAUAAUGCAUCUGCUGCCGCUGUGUAAAACAGCAGAGCUGGCUAGCACAGCAAGAUACCUAUCCCAUCCGAUGCAUAUUACACUUGUCCAGAAUUCAACGAGUCUAGAUAAUAUUUUAGAUGAAAUAACGAUGCAGGGGUGUAUACUGUCGUAAACGAUGGGAGUAAAUGUCUGCUAGCCAGCUAACGUUAAGGGGCGUGCUAAGCUAGCUAGCUAGCAUUGUAAUUCCAGGUGUUUUGACAGCCUUCAUCGAAGACGUAAAUAACAUAUUUUAAAUAGUUGGUGAAUCUCAUUAGCAUGGACUCAAAUGUGCAGAAGAGACGUGAGAACAAGAAAUCACUCCGUGUGAAAGUGAUCAGCCUUGGCAAUGCCGAGGUGGGCAAGAGCUGCAUCAUCAAGCGAUACUGUGAGAAGAGGUUUGUGCCCAAGUAUCUGGCCACCAUAGGGAUUGACUAUGGGGUCACCAAAGUCCAGGUGCGUGACAGAGAGAUCAAAGUGAACAUCUUUGACAUGGCAGGACACCCCUUCUUCUAUGAGGUUCGUAAUGAGUUCUAUAAGGACAGCCAGGGGGUGGUGUUGGUGUAUGAUGUAGGUCUGAGGGAGAGUUUCGAUGCGUUGGACAGCUGGCUGGGGGAGAUGAAACAGGAGAUGGGUUCCAUGGUUAACAUGGAGAGCAUCGUUUUCGUUGUGUGUGCCAACAAGGUGGAUCUGACUAAGCGUCGUGUAGUAGACGAGGGAGUGGGCAGGCUAUGGGCAGAGUCUAGAGGGUUCCACUACUUUGAGACAUCAGCACAGAGCGGAGAGGGCAUCAGUGAGAUGUUCCAGGCGUUUUUCUCCUCCAUAACGGACAUGUGUGAGAAUGGCGGGAAGCGCCCGGUUGCGGAGGUCACUGUCGGCUUCACCAAGGAGCAGGCCGACACCAUCCGACGCAUACGCAACAGCAAGGACUCCUGGGAUAUGCUUGGGGUAAAACCUGGAGCCACACGGGAGGAGGUUAACAAGGCAUACAGGAAGCUGGCUGUGCUGCUCCAUCCGGAUAAGUGCGUUGCCCCGGGCAGCGAGGAUGCUUUCAAGGCCGUGGUGAACGCUCGCACCUCCUUGCUCAAGAACAUCAAGUAGACACUCCACCAACCAACGCCAGCUAGGGACUCCGGUCAAUGAUCUACACUUCACAUGGGCACCCUGUCCCCUCGCCCCAGACCGUCAUUAGCCUUUUCUACCCUCUCCCAUCCCCAUCCCCCUCUCCCAUCCCCCUCCCUGCUCUCCACCCCUCCCACCAGGUGCCAUUACAUUUAGCUACAACAGUGUUUUAUAAAGUCGCUACUGAUAAUGUGCCACAGCAACUCUGUCUCUCUGUAAGGAAGACUAUCAAUGCUUUAAACUGUCAUCUUUCAAACACUGCAGAGAGAAGUCAAUGGAAGUCCUGGUAAGUCAUUAACUUGGUCCUAACCAGUAAGGCGGGGAAUUGCCAGGGACCUCACGAUACGAUAUUGGUCACAAUACUUAGGUGCCGAUAUGAUAUGGAAACAAGUUUUGAUCAGUCAUGGGGAGAAAAAAAGUGCUGAAAAUGAAUUUGUUCCCUAUUUAAAAAGGAGAUGGAGAACAAGCUAUGAAGGAUAAAUGUUGGUGCAGCCAACAAGAAUUAUAUUGCAAUAUUGUCAAAAAAUUAUAUCCCGAUAUGUGACUGUAUCAAUUUCUACUAACCAGAUGUUGUUAGCUCUGGUCCAGAGCUAAGGAAGGCUCAACAUCAGCAAGCUGCACACACGUAACACCCUGGAUAAGAGCUAUAGGUGCUGUAAACAUGAAUGGUUGUAAUAAGGUGGGUAAUGCUAAAACAUAUUCGGCACCUUUUUUUGCUGUCCCAGACAAAUUUUCCUGAAAUCCUAUGAACGUGGACUAGGAUCACUACGUCGGGACUCGUAGUUUGAGCGGGUCGAGAACACACCGAUGAUGGCUGUUCCAUUUUCCAGACCCUCGUCGGAUGACCCGAUUUUAUAAUUUUCUGACGUCAGAAAUGUUGGUCUGUCAUCUUGCAGGGAUGUGACUAAUGGACCAUUUUUCUUAAUGUUUAAACGGGUUUGAGAAGCACUGGUCUAUACUAGACUACAGUCCCUACUCUGCCCUCUGGACAAGUUUGGCCUCAUCCUUAUAAAUACUUACCCCAGCCAACCCCAUACAGUAUAACUCGGUGUUCACAGCGUAUGCUGUGUUUCCUUCAUCAAGACAUUUUGUGUCUCCACAGCCACAGAUUCACCGAGGGGUGUAGUAACUAACUGAGAGAUGGGGAAACUGCACCAAACAAACCUCUUAAGGAAGUGCCAACCUUGGCUCUAGAGAAUCACAUGUAGAUCCACCAUCCCCCACUACAGAGCCCCAGCUCUCAGUAGACCAAACCAAAACCCUGUUUGGCUAUAAUACUCUGGAUCAUCAGUCACAUCCUGUUACUCAUCCAAAAUGUGUUAGAUACCCCCCCCCCGAUAUAUCUUUUCUAUUCCUAUAUUGUUGUAGUUGAUAAUGACGACAUAUUGUUCCAAUCAAUGUCAUCAUUCCACCUUCAAAAAACGUUUACUGAAAUGUCUGCUGAUGACUUCAUAGCUGACAGAGCACCUGAUUGGUGGGUAGAGCUAUGACAUCAGCAGUGCCAAACCCUAACAUUGGUGUUUACAUGAUGAUGAUGAUAGAGAUUGUAAUCAUAGAAUACAAUCUAUAGAAAGGGUUUUGGAGCCUCUGAUCCUAUUGACUUGAAUGGGGAGGCCCGUUCUAUAGAUUGUAUGUCUGUGAGAACCUGGAAUAGGAAAUUAUGUUACCAAGCACAAUCAAUUAGUUAAACCUGCUCACCUGACCUACAUUUUCUUCAAUAACUUCAUAUGUUUAAGAAGAUACAUUUUGAAAAUGGCAUCUUAUAAUUAACACAACAACCCAUAAUCCAAGUUUUUUAAAUAAAAAUGUAAGAAUAAUAAGAUAAUUGAGCAGCUUGUAAAAGGGAGCAGCUUGUAAAAGGGAGCAGUUUGUAAAAUGGAGCAGGUUGUAAAAGGGAGCAGGUUGUAAAAGGGAGCAGGUUGUAAAAGGGAGCAGCAUGUAAAAGGGAGCAGGUUGUAAAAGGGAGCAGAUUGUAAAAGGGAGCAGCUUGUAAAAGGGAGCAGGUUGUAAAAGGGAGCAGCUUGUAUAAGGGAGAAGUUUGUAAAAGGGAGCAGUUUGUAAAAGGGAGCAGCUUGUAGUAGGGAGCAGCUUGUUAAAGGGAGCAGGUUGUAAAAGGGAGCAGGUUGUAAAAGGGAGAAGCUUGUAAAAGGGAGCAGCUUGUAAAAGGGAGCAGGUUGUAAAAGGGAGCAGGUUGUAAAAGGGAGCAGCUUGUAAUAAGGGAGCAGCUUGUAAAAGGGAGCAGGUUGUAAAAGGGAGCAGCUUGUAAUAAGGGAGCAGCUUGUAAAAGGGAGCAAAUGUAAAAGGGAGCAGGUUAACUUAGUGAAUGUGUUUUCUGAUACGGCCCACUGGGUAUUUUAGACAAACUUGACUGAGGUGUUUGUUUACGGCUCCUAUUGGUCCAAGUGACUGACAUGUUAAAGGUCCAAUGCAGACAUGUUUAUCUCCAUAUCAAAUCAUUUCUGGGUAAAAAUUAAGUACCUUAAUGUGAUUUGUUUUUAAUUCAAAUGGUCAAAAAGAAACAAAAAUAGCUUAUUAGCAAAGAGCAAUUUCUUAAUUUCACUGUGGGAAUAGUCUGAGUGGGGAAGGUAAAAUGGAAAACUAUCUGUUAUUGGCAGAGAGGUUUGGAACUCUCUUAUUGGUCUAUUACCUAAUUCACCGCCCGGUGACGUCACCAGGCAGGCCAAAACUCCAUCCCACCAAAACAGGCUGAAAUUUCAGGCGUUCUUUUCAAACAGCUCUUACACUAAAAGGGCAGUAUCAUCAUUUUCACAAUUUCACAGUAUUAUUCCAACCUCCAUACUGUGGAAAUAUAUAUAAAACACAGAAAAAUCACGUUUUUGACUGCACUGGGCCUUUUAAGGUACAACUAAGACAUGAGAAGAUGGAUGAUUUAGCCUGAGUAGUGAGCAUGGUAUUUAAACACGCAGACAGAUGUGUAUAUGAAAUCCAUACUAUUUAUAUUUUUAUAUCACCACCAGAAGAGUGAACAUAUACUGUAUGACUAUAAAGAUAGGUAGUGGUACUUCCAGACCUGUGUAAUAUGUAUUGAACUAUGAUUUGUUUCUUUCAUCAUGUAUAGUAUGUUUAUAUAUGUGAAUAUUUAUGGUGAUGAUUUAUCUAUUUGAUAAGAGGAUAUUUAUUGAACUGAAUUGUUACUGUGAAGCAUGUUUUGAACCAGGCAGAGCAGAGCACAGUGAGUGAACAAUGACAACAGAGUGAGUGAUCACUAGCUUCGAUACCGUGUGGUAGAUACGGUGUGUUUACCUUGAUUAGCUCUGUGAGAGACUGUGUGAAUGAAUAACAGGGAGUUAUGAUGUGUUAGUGUUGACAUAUUAGUAAGUGUUAAGACGUGACUGGGGGGGGGCGUGAUACCUUGUCUCCAGCUGUGUGAUUGGCUGGGUUGGGGGAGGUACCUUGUCUCCAGCUGUGUGACUGGCUGGGUUGGGGGAGGUACCUUGUCUCCAGCCGUGUGACUGGCUGGGUUGACUGUCAGUUAGUGGCGUCAAUUAAUAUUUUGUCUAUUCAUUUCAUGUUUUGUGUGGACCCCGGGAAGUGUAGUUGCUGCUUUUGUAACAGCUAACGUUGAUCCUAUUACUGUAAAGAAAUAGUAUGUUAGAGUAAUUUUACAGGAGGCUUCCGUAUUACAGUUAAUAACAGUAUUUUUCAACAUUUUGCCCAAUAUGUAAACAUUAUUAAAGUGACCAGUGUUCCAUUA